AUGGUGGUGAUUGGAGAUGGGUUUGACGUUGCCAAGUUAGCCGGAAGCUUAAGGAAGAAACAAAAAAUAGUGCUCAAGGUACAGAUGCAUUGCGAGAAAUGCAGGGCUAAGGCACUCACGGUUGCGGCAGAUGCCGAUGGUGUGAGUUUUAUGGGAUUAGAAGGAGAGGAUAAAGACAAAGUGGUGGUGAUUGGAGAUGGAGUUGACUCUGCCACGUUAGCCAGCAGGUUGAGGAGGAAGCAAGUGAUCGUGUUCAAGGUUCAGAUGAAUUGUGGGAAAAGCAGGGUCAAGGCUCGCACCGUUGUGGCAAAAGCAUUUGGAGUGAACUCUUUAGCAUUACAAGGAGAUGACAGAAUUGUGGUGAGUGGAGAUGAUAUUGAUGCAGCCUCCCUGACCUUCUGCUUGAGGAAGAAAGUUGGCCAUACUGAUAUUAUCAGCAUCAUGCCCAUAGAUCCGUAG